AUGGCCUGCUCCGUGAGUGAUGCCCCCUCCCUGAAGGACCUCCCAAAGGUUGCCACUGACCUCAAGAGCCAGCUUGAAGGUUUCAACACCAGCUGUCUUCGCGACGUUGACACUAACGAAAAAAUUGUGCUUCCAUCAGCUGAAGACAUUGCGCAAGAGAAACAGCACUUAGCACUUCUUGAAGACCUAGAGAAAUUUCAACCUACCCUUUUAAAGAAGACCGACACUGUCGAAAAAAAUGUUCUUCCAAAUGCAUUGGAUGUUGCCGCUGAAAAAACUCAAAAGUCCUUAUUUGACGGCAUUGAAAAGUUUGACGCCAGCAGACUGAAACACACUGAAACACAGGAAAAGAACCCCCUCCCAGAUAAAGAUGUUGUCGCAGCGGAGAAAGCGCAUCAAAACCUCCUGGAAGGUGUUGAACAUUUCGACAAGACCCAAAUGAAGCACACAACGACCGAAGAAAAGAAUCCGUUGCCGCCCAUAGAAGCUAUCGAAGCGGAAAAGGAAAAGAACAAAUUCCUGAACGGUAUUGAGAACUUCGACCCCACCAAGUUGAAGCACACCGAGACCUGUGAAAAGAACCCCCUACCAACAAAGGACAUUAUCGAGCAAGAAAAGACUGCUUGA